AUGGCAAGUACUCCCGAGCCCCGACGCUGCCUCCGUGACUUCUGGUUCCCCGUGGCACAGUCUCACAGACACAGAACAACGAACUCGUCGCUGAUGGCACCUUACAAACGCAAAAACAGACCUGCAGCACGCACGAGCACCUCAGCUCGCGUUCCUGGGUCGUAUUCAGUCCCGGAUCCCAGCCUCUUCAUCCAAGCUCACGAGGCCGACAUCAUACGUGGGCCCCGCGCGCUCUCUGCUGCUGUCUCGCUUGAAGUCAACGGCACCUCCGUCGGAAACGCGCUCCUGAAAUGGGGUGCACAUGAAAACGCAAAGUUUGGCCAGCAAUUAGGCACAUCUGGCCUUGGUUUUGAUGAUAGCGUGCGCCCUAUGUCAGAUUCGGUUGUUCCGGACGUGUGGAUAGACAGAUACGAUGCACGCCUGCUUUUGGACGCCCUGCCCAUCAUUACCCAGUCCCAGUCCCAGCCCUCUGGCAUCCAGAAGACCCGGGCGCCGUCCCCGUCCGGCUGGUCUGAUCUGCCCUCGGACGCGGAAGACACUUUUUUCUUCUCGCCAGAGGAGAACGAGGACUAUCACAGGGAGAAGCGGCGGCGCCUGAUUGAUCAGAGUCGCGAGGCUCGUCUGAGGGCCCUCGCAGCGGAAGAGGGCGAUGACGAGCCUGCCGAGCUCGAUCCGUGGGGAGGAAGCGACGAAGAGCCGGACGAAGCACAGUUGCAGCUUAUGCGCCGCACGGCGACGCACCUCUCCACCUCGCCCAACCCCGCCCAGCUCGAGAUGCGCAUCCUCGCGAACCACGGUGCCGACAGACGCUUCGCCUUCCUCAGAGGCCGCUGGUCGCGUGCGUGGAAGCUCGCCAAAGCCAAGGCCGCAUUUUUCGAGUCAUCUUCGAGCUCGAAAACACGUGGCAGCCCGCCGGCGUCUGCUGCUGUCAGCGCCACUCUAGCAAUGAAAGGCGCAUCCUCAGGCUCGGGGCUUGUAGGUCUGACAAGCUACGGCGAUAGCGAUAGCGAUGCCGACGAAUCCGACGCUUCCGAUGCUCGCAGUAAAGGUGUUAAAGACCAAGACAACGAAGCGGGCGAAGACAGAAGCCUAUCUCUAUCUCGAUCGAAAUCGAGCUUCGGAGAUCACGGUGCACGCCAGACCCAGGAGGCCGGAACCUCUGACAGCGGGGCAGCAGAUGCAGAUGUCGAUGUCGAUGUCGCGAUGGCGACUACGCCUGUCCCUCCGAGCAGCCAGUCUCCACUACCGACGCUCGCAGUUGUAGAUCGCGCAGAUCCGACAACGAGUCCCGAGGUUGCUCCUGUGACCAGCGAUAAUAGCCAGCGACUCGGAGCGGGUGCGGUAGCGGGUCUGGAUGAAGAGGCGGCGAAAGAGGCCAGGCGUGCAAGGGCGCGUGAGUGGGCUGCGAAGCGCCGGUUGGGAUCGAAGGGUGAGGCAGAAUCUGGGAGUUGAUCUAGGGCUUUAGCUUUCAUCUGUCGUGCCAUUAAC